AUGGGCAGCAGUCUGUGGUCAACAGUCUAUGGUCAGCAGUCUAUGGGCAGCAGUCUGUGGUCAACAGUCUAUGGGCAGCAGUCUAUGGGCAGCAGUCUGUGGGCAGCAGUCUAUGGGCAGCAGUCUGUGGGCAGCAGUCUGUGGGCAGCAGUCUAUGGGCAGCAGUCUGUGGGCAGCAGUCUGUGGUCAACAGUCUAUGGGCAGCAGUCUAUGGGCAGCAGUCUGUGGGCAGCAGUCUAUGGGCAGCAGUCUGUGGGCAGCAGUCUGUGGUCAACAGUCUAUGGUCAACAGUCUAUGGGCAGCAGUCUGUGGGCAGCAGUCUAUGGGCAGCAGUCUAUGGGCAGCAGUCUGUGGGCAGCAGUCUGUGGUCAACAGUCUAUGGUCAACAGUCUAUGGGCAGCAGUCUAUGGGCAGCAGUCUGUGGGCAGCAGUCUAUGGGCAGCAGUCUGUGGGCAGCAGUCUGUGGGCAGCAGUCUAUGGGCAGCAGUCUAUGGGCAGCAGUCUAUGGGCAGCAGUCUGUGGGCAGAUGUCUGUGGGCAGCAGUCUAUGGGCAGCAGUCUGUGGGCAGCAGUCUAUGGGCAGCAGUCUGUGGGCAGCAGUCUGUGGGCAGCAGUCUGUGGGCAGAUGUCUGUGGGACACAUGGAUCAGCAUGGGAAAGAGGCUGAUGUGUGCAACCUGAAGGCACAGGACACCGGCGCGUUCACAGUCGGAGGUACGACCCCCGAGAGUCCCAUUAAGAUGCCGCUGUUCUUUAGGAAGAAGAAGCCCAGUGAUGAGGCCAAGAAGAGACUGGAGUAUCUGUUAUGUCGGUCCAUGGAGGCUGGUGCUGAUGACAUAUUGGAUAUCUCUUCUUGUGAGCUUUCAGAGAUUCCUUCCAGUGUGUUUUCCAAUUGUAAGCACUUACAGAAAAAGGUUUUGAUUGUUCACAGCAACGAAUUAAAGUCUUUGGUUCCCAAAGGUUGUGACCUCACUACUUUAGUCACUCUGAAGGUGUUGGACCUGCAUGAAAAUAAGCUUUCAUCCCUCCCUGAUGACAUUGGAAAACUAACACAUCUUCAGAUAUUAAAUCUCGAAAAGAACCAUAUAAAGAUGCUGCCAGAGUCCAUUGGUGAUCUACGGUUCCUGCAGACCCUAAACUUGAAGGGCAACCUUCUGAGUGAGCUGCCCUCUUCUGUGGGUUCUCUGAGCAGCCUGCGCACUUUAGACGUCAGCGAUAAUCAAAUCACCCAACUGCCCAAAAGAGUAGCGCACAUAAGAACUUUGGAGAGCUUUACUCUUGAUGCGGGUCAGAUGGUUUACCCACCGGACUCUGUGUGCAGAGAUGGGACAGAGUCUAUUCAGCGCUUCCUCUGCUCUGAGCUGGGAGAAGAGUACUGCCCCCCUUCUCAGUACCUGCUGCCAGUGUUGGAGAACGACACUAUCAAAGACAACACCGAUUGCUUGGAUGGCCAGGAAGAGGCCUGGCAGAUGAAAUUUAGUGACUAUGAGAAACGAAAAGAGCAAAAGCAUAUGGAGAAGCUGGUGUUUGAGCAGCAACUGGAGGAAAAGCAUAAGGAGCAUACGCAGCUUUUAUUACUGAACAAUUCUUUCAAAGAAAACAUUCUCAACUCAGUGCGAAAGGAACAGGAGAGGAUAGAGGAAGGCCUCACUCAGCAGCAGAAGGCCCAGGAAGCAGAUCGGCUGCUGGUGUUGGAGAGGGUUCGACAGGCUGAGGACGACAUCACCACCCGCAUUGACAACAUGCUCACUGACAACAAUCGACAAAAGAAGAGUGCAGAGUUUCUCCAAGCCAUGGAAGAGGAGCGGAUUCGUAUGGAGCAUUUAACUGCUAUCACACAAGAAGAAGCCAAUUCACUGAGAGAGCGGGAGGUGGCAGUGGCGAUGCAGAAGAUGCUUUCAGAUAGCUACACUAUGCGUCUCCUGCAGAAAGAAUGUGACUCUCGAAGGCAAAGUCUUGUCUCUGAGGCGUAUAGAAGUAUGGAGACAAUGGAUCGAAAGUUUGACAAAAUGUUGUCACUGCAAGUUUUGGACAAAUCUAAAGCUAUCGCACAGAUAUUACAAGAGGAAGAGAUGCAAAAGGCUGCGUUUCAAGCAUUACAGUUGCAAAAGGACAGUGUGCAUGGCUACAUACGUAACCAGAUUAACAUCAUCGAGGCAGAGUUAAUGCAGCUGACUAAACUGGAGGUUAAAAGACGUAAUCUGGAUGCAGAGAGUUUACAGGAAGUGUUGGUACAGCAGCGUGAAGCUCUUGGUGACUUACUACAGCAACUUCUCAAACAAAGACGCCAAAGAGAGCAGGAGCUGCAGCAGAUUCUGGUGGAGCUCGAGCUGAAGUCUGAGUCCAGUCAGCAGAACUAUUGGAUGAUUCAGUAUCAGCGACUUCUAGAUGCAAAGCCCAUGUCUCUCCGGAUGCAGGAAGCUGGAGUGGAGCUGGAGCUGGUGAAUCUCUUAUGCAGACUUUCAGUCCAGCAUUAUCUGCCUAUUCUGGCUCAUCAUCGGGUAACAACAAAAGCCCUCAGACAAAUGACAUCUGCUGAUCUAAAAAAGCUUGGCAUUAAUGAAGUGGGCAUCCAGAAAGCUCUAUUAAAAUGGGCUCGAGAAGUCUAUCCUCAAGGAGCCUGUAAAACCGCUGAGACAGAAGGUGAAGAUGCAGGACCGUCUGCUCCGAUCGUCCCUUCCCCUUUGCUCUCACACAGAUCUCCAGCCCAUCCCAGUCCACCUCUAACCCCUACCACCCCUGGCACCCCGGUCACACCCUCAGCCCCGAGCCCAUUGGACGGGCCUGGGAGCUCCGAGUGCGUUGUGUGCAUGGAGACAGGGUCUCAGCUGAUCUUCCUGCCGUGUGGACAUGUGUGUUGCUGUCAGGUGUGCAGUGAUGCCCUUCAGAACUGCCCCAUGUGUCGAGCUGCCAUUUCUCAGAGGAUCCGUCUGUUCCACAGCUGA